GCCCGCCGACAGAAGCAACAGGAGCAGUAAGCUUGAGCAUCCAGCGAACCUGCUUGCGUGGAGAUGCGGUCGUCAUCAUACAGUAAUGUAUUUGACUUCAUGGGCGAGCAGACACGAGGGGAAGGUGCAUCCAUCCCCAUGGCUUGCCGCUAAAGUUAGGCCCUCGCUUCCAGGCUUCCAGGCUUCCAUGCUUCCAUGCUUCCCAGUGCCCAGUGCCCACAACCCUCCCGACGCUCCCCCCUGCAGCACUUGCCAUCAGCGCUCACCUGGGCCUGCCGUUCCCAAACCCACUACUACUGCCUGCCACUGCCACUGCAAGGCCCAUCGCAUACUCGCUUUCUCCUUCCUCCCUCCCUCCCUCUCCUCUCUCCUGUCGUCUGCCUCGUGCCCUCGUCGUCGCCUUCUCGGCCGCUUGAAACAUCUCUCGGAUCUGCCAACCAUCUCUCUCCUUCACCCAACUUCAUCCUCCGAGCCUCCCAUCACCACUCUCUCCACCACGAUCUCCAGCCUCAACAUUCCCAUCCUGUUCUAUCCCAUCCCACACCCAUCGCCCCUUUCACCCCCAUCACCCCCCCGCCGUGCAGGCACGACAUCAUCCGCAGCUCUCUGUCACAAAUAAACAACAACCCCCGUUGCGCAACCUCCUCGUCCGGGAUCACGAGUCACCAUCACACUGCACGCAUUCCUCGCCCCCUUCGCUCUCCACUCCCAUUUCCACCAGGAUUGCCACUGGUUAGACCACUGCAGCAGCGUGCAGCGAGAUUGAGCCAGCUUUCCUGAAAUAGCGGUGUUGUGUGUCGGUGCAUUAUUUGCGUCCCUUACCGCCUCCAAACGCCGCCCGUUCGCAAGGCCUCUCUACUGGCCACUGGGGAAAAAAGAAUAAUCUGCGGCCUGGAAUCCUGGCAUCUCCAGCUCCCUGUGUCACUACCACGCCAUCUCACAAUCCGACGCAGCUCCCUGUCCAAUAACAGAAUUAACCCGUCGCUUCCAAGAUCAGCGUGCAGGAACACAACAAACCAGACCCUUUCUCUUACAGAGCUGUCGCAAACACUCUCAUCCGCCCCGGCAACUCACGAUCUUCGAGAAUCUCUCCUGUCGCAACAUCCUCCGCCCUUCCUCCUUCGAUAUUUGAUGAUCGCACAUC